AUGGAGAGUUCGCGUCACCCUCUGUACAGCCUCUGAGUCUCACCUUCUCCAGAGUCCAGUACUGAGAACGUCUUCCAAAGUUCUGCUCGUGGCGCUCAGCUUGUGGUGCAUCAUAUUGUCGACACCUGCACCGGGCUUUUGAGGAGGACGAUACAUCUGAGGCGCCUGUUUGAGAGCUACCUAAGAGCAGCAACCCCCCCUAUGCAGAUUUAGAAGACGGCAUUCUAGGAAGCCGCUGACUUCGCGAGCAUUUACGUCUUGUGUGCUUUCUACUUGCAUUCAUCAAGCGCUAGCCUGCCGUGGAAGUCAAGCCGUCUCUGUGAAAAUACCUGCUGAAAGCAGCUCGAACGAUGAUGGCUACAAGCGCCGCGCAGCAGGCGCUGUGUAGCGCCCCCCUCUCACAGAUGGGGGGGCAGGUUGCCAGCAGAAGUAGGCACUUGCAGACCCCAGUGGCCAGCGGGAGUUCGUGCAGUAGUUUUGUGGGAAAUGCACUAGCAUGCCAGCGGCGGAUAAAGGCGCCGAGAAGGCAUCUGAAAGCAGGGGCACGGGCAGACCUUCAGACAAUGGUUUCGGACAUGAGCAGAGCAGCCCCGAAAGGUCUGUUUCCUCCGGAGCCGCCAAAGUAUACAGGGCCCAAGCUAAAGGUGGCCAUCGUGGGGGCAGGCUUGGCAGGCAUGUCCACCGCAGUGGAGCUCCUAGACCAGGGGCACGAGGUUGACUUGUAUGAGAGCAGACCCUUCAUUGGUGGGAAAGUGGCGAGUUUUAAGGACAAGGAUGGGAACCACAUCGAGAUGGGCCUGCACGUGUUCUUUGGCUGCUACAACAAUCUGUUCCGCUUGAUGAGGAAGGUAGGGGCUACGGACAACUUGCUGUUGAAAGAGCACACGCAUCAGUUUAUCAACAAGGGGGGAAAUCUAGGCGAGCUCGAUUUUCGGUUCAUCACCGGGGCCCCAUUCCACGGAUUGAAGGCUUUCUUUACCACCAAUCAGCUGUCCACAAUGGACAAGGUGCAAAACGCCAUUGCGUUGGCCACCAGUCCCGUGGUGCGAGCGCUCGUCGACCCGGAAGGCGCCAUGCGGGACAUUCGGAACCUCGACAAGGUGUCCUUCUCCGAUUGGUUCAUCUCCCAUGGUGGCUCCCGCGCCAGCAUUACGCGCAUGUGGGACCCCAUCGCUUAUGCGCUGGGCUUCAUCGACUGCGACAACAUCAGCGCGCGCUGCAUGCUCACAAUUUUCCAAUUCUUCGCCACCAAGACCGAGGCCUCCGUGCUGCGGAUGCUGGCAGGUUCCCCUCAGACUGGCCUUCACGACCCCCUAAUCAAGUACAUUGAGGACAAGGGCGGUCGCUUCCAUGUGCGGUGGGGCUGCCGGGAGGUGCAAUACGAAGAGGCGGCAGAUGGCAGUGUGCGAGUAACGGGCCUGCACAUGACCAAGGCUAACCAGUCGGAGAUCGUGAAAGCGGACGCGUACGUUGCCGCGUGCGACGUGCCCGGGAUCAAGCGGCUGCUGCCGACCGCGUGGCGGCGGUGGCCGCUGUUCGACAACAUCUACCAUUUGGAGGGAGUGCCCGUCAUUACGGUGCAGCUGCGGUACAACGGCUGGGUCACGGAACUGCAGGACCAGGCCAAGAUCAACCAGCUGGCGCGUGCCGAGGGGUUGGACAACUUACUGUACAGUGCGGACGCCGACUUUUCGUGCUUUGCGGACCUGGCUCUGACCAGCCCCCAGGACUACUACAAGCCCGGGGAGGGAUCCCUGCUCCAGUGCGUGUUGACUCCCGCGGACCCUUACAUGGCUCUGCCCAAUGAGGAGAUUGUUGCGAAGGUGAACGAGCAGGUGUUCAACCUGUUCCCGUCCGCUCGGAACCUGUCGAUGACGUGGCACUCGGUGGUGAAGAUUGGGCAGUCGCUGUACCGGGAGGCCCCCGGGAUGGACGUCUUCCGCCCCGACCAGCGCACGCCCAUCGACAACUUUUUCCUAGCGGGCAGCUACACCAAACAGGACUACAUUGACAGCAUGGAGGGCGCCACCUUGUCCGGGCGUCAAGCCGCUGCCAAGAUCCUAGAGUCGGGUGCAGACCUGGCAGCCCUGCGGGAACAGCUGCAGCAAAGCUUGGCGAGCAGCCCAGCGAAAGAUCUAGCGACCGUUUAGGUCCAAACGCGCUCACAGUCGAGGUGUACCAUUUGUUCAUUAGGAGACGGGUUGAAGAUAACUCUAGGUGCAACGGGCAUUCUAGUGGCAAGAAGCUCUUGAGGUGGAUUCGCUCUACAGCCAUUACAAGCCUGAAGGUCAGUUCAGAAAGAACAUUGCAUUGGACUCAACAACUCGAUAUUGGUCGAUCACGGCCAUGAUUCAGGAACACAUCUGUCUGUUUUUGUAAGUUCUGCAUGCCCUCCAAGAUACGAGGGUAUUGCCCUACUGAUCUGUAAGGAUUUUGCUGUCGUCCAUGCAAAGCAUUCAGCGGUGG